CGUAAAAAGAAAAGCCGUCUGAGGAUAACUCCUCUUCCGCCUCCCCGACUCUUCCUCGCCAUCCGUCCUAGCCAGCGCGCUCACUGCCUCCUCGUCGCCGCCCCAUCCCCACCGGCGAUCUGCGGCGCGUGACGGCCCGCGGAGGCGCACGAUGGCUCACGGGCGCAUCCACGGAGGCGGUGGCGCACCGCCCUCCUCCUUUUCCACACCACGCCCCUGCCCCACCUCGGCUCUCUCGCCCGCCUCUGCCGCUCCCAACCUCCAGCACGCGCCACCACCUUCCCCCUCUUCCACACCACGCCCCUUGCCCCACCUCGGCACUCUCGCCCGCCGCUGCCGCUCCCAACCUCCAGCACAGAUCCCUCCCGUUGUCUCGUCGGUCCACGCGAGCCGCCGUCGCAUAUCUAGAUGGGAACCGCGGGCGCUACCGCUCGACGGAGCGGCCGCUUCCUCGGCCUUCAUCUUCUACGGUGGGGACGCCCGAGGCUCCCGGUCCUUUCACUCCUCCGACCUGCUGUCCUCCUACGCCGCCGCCGGAGCCGCCAUCGCAUAUCUAGAUGGGAACCGCGGGCGCUGCCGCUCGACGGAGCGACUGCUUCCUCGGCCUUCAUCUUCUACGGUGGGGGCGCCCUAGGCUCCCGGUCCUUUCUCUCCUCCGACCUGCUGUCCUCCUACGCCGCCACCGCUCGACGCAGCAUUAGCUUCCUCUCCUCCAACCGGCCAUGGCCGCCCCCCUUCCUCUCCUCCCAAGCCCCAUCCUUCUCCGUGGUAAAUUAAUUUUGAUUGAUGCAUGCGUUGGCUGUAGGCUGUAUCCUGGUAUCCUAAAUCUCGAUUGAUGCAUGUGUGAUGUUGAAUUUUGACUAUUGUGAUACUGAUGGAGGCUGUUGCCUUUCGUGCGCCGGCGGUCCCAAAUCCGAGACAAACUCUCCCCCACAACCCGUCUCCUCUUCACACACGACACAAUUCCAAAUCCGAGACGAACUCGAGCAAUGGGGUGCCAUGGAAUCCUUCGCCCGUUCUACAAAAGUAUUGCAGGCUUCUCGCCCAAACUUUCGUUAGACCGAGUGGCCCGAACUCCACACAAGACCAUGGAUCACGACGUUGAAACAAACACUCUUGAGGAUUUAGAUAACCGGCCUUUAAUAACAGCAAGAUGUUGUGAAUCAGUUCUUUUGGAUGAUUUACCUUCCGUCUCAGCAUCAUCUCGGGUUUCUGAAACUUGUACGCAAUCAGAUGAUCAUAUAGAUGCUGAUCCAUUGCCAUCGCCUCCAUCAGCAACCAAGUUGACAGUUUCUGAACUGACUAAUGACGAAAAAGAUCCAGAUGAUGCUUCUCAAACGAUAGGUUCAGAAUCAGCUGAUCAUAUAGAUGGCGAUCCAUUGCUAUCGCCUCCAUCAACAACCAAGUCGACAGUUUCUGAAUUGAUGAAUGAGGAAAAUACAAAUGACGUGAUAUAUGAAUUGGCGGAUGAAGAAAAAACUGACGUGACAUAUGACUAUCUACCACAAGCCGGACUGUUAAAACGGGAUGGUGAGAUUGGAAUACAUGAAGCAACCUUUAUGACAAAGAUUGUCGGAAACUAUCUCAAGCAUGACAUGCACGUACACCUCAAGUACCGGAGAUACAUGGACCAGUUACUAGAGGUCGUGCACGACAACUAA